AUGUACUCCCAAUACAAGGAACAGAUCGAAAUUACACCGAUUUCAUUGAAAAUUUGCCAUUCUUUCCACGAAUCGUCGACCAAAAUUGAUGUCAAAUUUGUUCAAAAGUGCUUGGAUUACACGAAAAUUGAACAAACUGGUAAGUGGACACUUUAUUUUGUACAUUCAGGGACGAGUGUAGCAAGGAGGAGGUGGAUUUCCGAAAAAAAAAUUUUUUGAAAAGUUAGACCCGGUCUCGUUUUUUUCGAAAAGAACCGUUACCUUUUCUUAUCCUAUCCUACUCUAGUCUAUUAUACUAUACUCUACUCUACUCUGGUCUAUUGAUAACCUACUCUUAAUUUUCCUCUUUCUAUGUUCUAUAAUGCUCAUUGCAAUACCUGUAAAUUGAUGAUUUUGGGCGGUGUUACCUAAUGUUAAUAAGAUUAUGCAAUUGAAUAGCCUUAGAGAAAUUGCAAGAAAUGGUAUUACGCAACUUUUUCUUAUGUAAUAUUUUUUAAUUUCAUAAUAUUUGCCUCGAUGUAAAACGACCCAACAAAUGACUGCGAGUGCUGGGAUCUUGCUAUAAAUUUCAGCGAGGCAUCUUUUCAUCGUCACAUUACCUUUAGUCCUGUUUCUUGCCUUAAGUCUUUCCUAACAAUGUGUCCUACUCAAUAAAGUCUGAUAUGUUCCAGAAAUGUACCACACCUUCUGACCGAAAGUCUACUCUAAGUCAAGAACUACGGAGAUGCCUUUGCCCUACCUUUAAAACUAUUGUAUCCAGCCUAAUUUAAAAAUUAUUCUUUUUAUUUUGUCAAACUUUUAUAUGUACCGCCUUUAUACAGUGUUUUGCCCGGACCGGUCCGGAGCGUUUUUCACCGGUCCGGUCCGGCGAUUUUUUGGGUCCGGUCCGGUCCAAACUUCAAAAUUUUGGGUCCGGUCCGGACCGGUCCAAAUCCAAAAUUUUUGGGUCCGGUCCGGUCCACAAAAUUUUUUUUUUUAAUUUUUAAAAAAAAGCAAGGAGCGCUAAAACUGCUUUUUUUUGCUUAAAAACUCUUAAAAAUAUGUUAUAUUUGCAAUUUUUAAAACAGUUUUUUCAAAAUAAAAAAAAAAUUUCUUCCGGACCGGUCCGGAGCUUUUUCUUCGGUCCGGGUCCGCAGGUUUUUGGGUCCGGUCCGGUCCGCAAAAAUUUCUGUUUCGGUCCGUCCGGUCCGGUUCGGCAAAACACUGCCUUUAUACAUUUUUAUACAUAUCCUGCUUUACCCUGUCUUGCCCUACUUUACCCUCGUCUACACUGUCUUACUUUUCCUAACUCUGUCAUAGUCUGUCUUACUCUACUCUAUCUUACCUUGCUCUAGCUUGCCUUACCUUACCCUACAAUGCCCUACCUGACCCUGCCGUACUUUAUCUUACUAUACCCUACUCUUCCCUUCUCUACUUUUCUCUAUCCUAAUAACAUUUCCGGUCUUACUUUUUUUUCUGGAUUUGUGCUUUUUAUCGUUUUUCUAUCCUUGUCUUGUCUUAACUUAUCUUGCUUUACUUCAAAGGCUUUUAACUUUUAGUAGUCAUAUUAACAGGAGUUUCAAAAUUAAAAAAAAAACAUCAAAAAACAAUUUCAGUAACCCACCAAACCGUAGGCCAACUGAUUCACCUGGAACGGAAGAAGAAUCGACUGAGAAAAGAGCCAGUUGUCGAUGAAUUUAUGAAUAUUCAAGGGUGGAAGAUAAAGGAAGAGAACCAGAGUUGGAGUCCGUUGAGUGAUCGUAGGGUUAAGUUGAAAGAUAGAAGGCUACGAGAAGAUGAAGUCGACCAACUUGACACUGAAGAGCCUCCAGAACUACCUGAUGUUGAACUAAAUGAUUAUCCGGCGUGGGAAGACAUGCUUAAAGGUGGGCAUGGUUUUUUGGAUAUUAGGAAGGAGGUUAAGCUUUUUUUUGGGUGGAGGGGUGCGAAGGGUAGAUAUGGGGGGGUAGAUUUUUUUCAAGGCAGGGGUAAUUAAAAGGCAGCGUAGUGGUCAGGGGCGUCGCUACGGAAAAAUGGGUGGAGAUCCAAAAAAUUUUUUUGGACCACAGGUAAGCUACCUGUGGACUGAUUUUUUCAAAAAAAAUUUUUUUUCGAGGGGGUAGGGGUAUUUAAGUUUCAUAAUUUCAGGCAUAGAACGGUAUGCACCGCAGCUAAUGCUGGUUGAAAACGAUGAAAUAGCGAUGAAUUUGACCCAAGAAUUGGAAAAACACUUCCUCAUAUGGAACUCUGAUCCGGUACUCAACUUUCGGUCAGAGUAUGAACAAUAUCUGGUCGAAAAUCGACAGUAAGUAAUAACUUUCUUUACAAAACGUAAAAUUGCAAGAACUUUCUUUCAAAAACAACAAAUGGCAGAAACUUUCUUUACAAAAUAAAAAAUGGCAAGAACUUUCUUUCCAGUAUAUUUUUCGACAAACGACCGUUCUGGACCUUUGACCAAAGUUAUCAAAGUGCCAGUCAGAAUAUAUCGAACACUCUCCUCGUUCAUCGUGCUAUUUCGAAUCAUUUUUGGACCACAGUUGUGCCAAGACUAACUUAUCCCUGGGAUCAGCUGUUAUUGACCCAACUAUUGGUUCAGGAUCUGAAUGCUAGGAUUGAUGAAUAUUUGAAGAAUGCCAUGAAGGUUACCAAGUUUGAGUGAGUUACCUUACUCUAUGUUUUCUUAACGUACUUUCUCUUACAGUACAGUAUCCUAUCUUACCCUACCCUACCCUACCCUACCUUAUCCUACCCUACUCUACCCUACCCUACCCUACCCUACCCUACCCUACCCUACCCUAUCCUACGCUACCCUACCCUACCCUACCCUACCCUACCCUACCCUACCCUACCCUACCCUACCCUACCCUACCCUACCCUACCCUACCCUACCCUACCCUACCCUACUCUACCCUACCCUCCCCUACCCUACCCUACCCUACCCUACCUUACCCUACUCUUCGUGUCCUACUCUAACCUAGCUUACUACUGAAUUUCAGAUGGGCUCUGGAGAUAUGUGAGAUAUUACUGGAGAAAAAAGAAUGCUGGAUAGAGGACCUUACCCAUGAUAUGAGAAGGAAUCAGUUCUUUAAUUCGAUCGCUUCACUCCAAGCCAAGUUAUUGAGGGAUAUCAUAUACGAAAAUGUGGAAUGUUUAAUGGCUGAGCUUAUGAAACAUAAAAGUGUAAGGUCUUUAUUGAUUUUUUUUGGAAAAAUUUAAAAAUUUGAAAAAAUGGUACAAGGUUGAAUAAAUGGCACUAAUGGUACCACUAGUACACUUUUUGGUAAAAGCCUGAAAAAUGAAUUUUAAAAGUUUUAUAGUGAUUAUAAUGUUAUUUUAAAGAAUUUUCAUAAAUGGUACUGUUGGUACCGUAGUGGUACUAAUAGUACAAUUGGUACACCUUUUUUAUAAAAGGUCGAAAAAUGAAUUUUUUGAGUUUUAUAGUGAUUACGAAAUUAUUUUGAAAGUUUUUUGUAAUUGAUACUAUUGGUACAGUAGGUGGUACUACUGUUACAUUAGGGGUACUACUUUGUACACAUGGUGCAUUUUUUGAUUAAAAAUGAAAUUUUAAAACCUUACAGCAGUUUUGAGACCAUUUUAAAAGUUUUUUGUCAAGUAGUACCUUUGUUACUAAACUGGUACUACUGGUACCAUUCCUAAAUUUUUGGGUGCAAAAAAUAAAGUUUUAGGUUUUAUAUUAGUUUUGAAGUUAUUUUGAUCAAAUUUUGUUAAUAGGUACUAAUGGUACCGGUGUGGUGCUAAUGGUACACUUUUUUGGAAUAUUUUUAAAAAGCAUAAACUUAAACGUAUUUUAGGAAAUUUUGAAAAAAAUGUUAAAAAUCAUGAAGAAGCCUAAAAACAUUUAUUUUCAGAGCAACACAUUUUACGUAAAAGUAGAGCUGGAAGAUUUAUCGACCGAAAACUACAGUGCAUGGGCGAUUGCGAAACGGUUGAUCGAAAUUGGCGAGGAUAUUGUCCGAGUGGAAUGUCGCCUUUUUCCAAACAUGUAUCCAGAUGAAAAGACCUUCUCCAUAGCUUCCAGUAUUAUCAUGCAAAAGUUUUACAUCGAACCAAUUCAGCCAUUUAAUAAGGUUUUGGAGGAUAAAAAUCGACUGGAAAAGGAAAUUGCAGGUAUUGAAAAUAUGGAAACGACUGAGGAUGUAGAGGGGCUAGAAUGGUAAGUUUCGAUUUUAUUGGGAUCUGUGAUGAUAGGGGGGGGAGAAACGGACCUGUAGGCUUAGUCCGGUCUUGAAUUUUGGGGUUGGGCCGUGGAUUGGGCUUGAUAAGUAGACCAGGAUCAAAAUUUUUUUAAAUUUUUUUUAAACCGUCUAGGCCAAACUGGGCCUACAAUUUUUUUUUGACUGGGCCGUGUAGGCUAGGGUCUAUGCUUUUUUAAAUAUGCCGGCCUAGACCGAGCCUCCAAUUUUUGUGACUGCGUUUCGUAGGAGCCUGGCCUUAAGCUACAUUUGGAACGCCUAAAUGUUGGGCUUAGCUCCGGGACUGGGCUUGAAAAGUAGGUCGGACCCAAAAGUUUUUAAAUUUUUUAAAACGGGCUGUGUCGGACUAGGCCUAAAAUGUAUUGACCGGGCCGGUUUAGCAUGAGAAAAAAUGAAAACAACCCGGGCUUAAACAUUGGGCCCCGGGCCUGGGCGUGGUUUUUUAAUCUCAAUUUUUAACUAGAUUUGGGUAAGGCAAGGUAGGGUAGGGUAGUUUAGGGUAAUGGCCGGGAUCAAUUUUUCAAUCUAGUUUAUUUCAAAAUUUGAAAAAAUAUACGUACUUUUAUGGCUUGUACUUUCAGCUAGCAGCAAAUCUUCAAACCUUGGAAAACAAUUCCAAAGUCAUCAGAGUUUACUGGUUCAGAGAGCCAUAUGAAUUUGAUUUUACAGAUGUUAAAACAGUUUUACUGACUUCGAUAAAAGGCUUGAGGACCACAUUACAUGGAAAAGUCAGCGGAUUCUUGUAUGAACUGAUGAAGGAGUAAGUGGUAACGCCCUGGCCUUGCCCUUGCCCUGCUUUGCCUGAUCCUGUCUUACUUAACAUACCCACCUUUUCCAGCCGUAUUUUACACUACUCUGCCUCUAGCGUAUUCUACUUUAUCAUGCCUUACCUUGCCAUGCCUUUUUGUAAUUUUAAAUUUAAAAAAAAUUAAGUUUUAAAGAAUUUUUACAAGACGUAACUUGCAACGGCGUAUUUUACAAAAAAUUGUUUUACAAAUAUUUAUUUUUAGCAUUGUGGACUUUUACACAUUUGCCUCUCAAAAACUUUAUGGACAUGAUCAGCUGGUUCAAAUGUACAAAUUGGUCGAAGUUCGUGAUCACGACUUCCCAAAAUUAAAAGAAAAAUUGGAAAAUCUGCACAAAUGCUUCGGAAUCUUGUCGGAACAGUUCAACUUCAAUGGUAUGGAAAGAAAGUUUUUGUUAUUUUAUGUUUUGUAAAGAAAGUUCUUGCCGUUUUAUGGUAAAGAAUAUCCUUGCUAAUUUUCGGUUGUAAAGGGAGUUUUGGUUAUUUUAUGUUUUGUGAAGAAAGUUAUUGCUAUUUGCAGAAAUAAUGCUUCAAAAGUACUACACAGCAAGUCGAACAUCGUUCAGAAUGAGCUACUUGAUCAAUUUGGUUUGGCAAAAGUUAAUGGUUGAUAAGGUCCGCAUUGAAAAAGUUGUACGUUUUUUUACAUUUUUUCUACCCUACCCUAUUCUACCCUCAGGGGCGUCGCUACGGAUUUUUUCUGGGGGGGGGGUGGAGGUAUUUUUUUUCGAUUUUUCGCGUACAGAUGGAAUUUUUUUUUGUGCCUGUGGAAUUUUUUUCGGAUUGGCUCUGGGGGGGGGGUAUCCACCCCCCCUCUACCUCUCUCCCCCCUAGCGACGCCCCUGCCUACCCUACCCUACCUACCCUACUUUACUCUACUUCUACGUUGCUUUUGCCCUACCUUCUCCUUACCUUUGUCCUGCCUUUUCUUUUUCUACUUAUCUAGCUUUGGUACUGACUGACAUUUUAUGGGUUACUGUAAUUGGUUAUUAUUUAUACUAUAACUUUGUUGAGUCUUACCGCUAUUUAUACUUUUCUUUUUGUACUUUUUCAUUCACUACAAGACGGCAUAUUUUACUAUACUCUAGAGCAUUCUAUAGUAUCUUUUUCUUUCAUUUUUUACACGUACUGGUAUAAAAUACAUCUUAGUUUACAAUACUAUUCUAUAUCUUCUAAUCUUUGUUUACCGUACUGUUAUCUUAUCUGUUAUAGUUAACCGAAAAAACGAAUGCCGUUCACUACGAGACGAUGAUGUUGGACGAGAACCUCCGCCUCUGUAUCAAAAAGUAUCGUGUUUGUCAUACCACAUCUGACCUGAAAGUUCUAGCCAGCCGGUUCGCUGAAAUCAAUCAGAGAGUUCAGAAACUUCAAACCGAAUUUCCAAUUUUAACCGCUCAGCUAGAACUAUUCGAAAUGGAACCACUAAAAGACGAUGUAGAUGGCCUAGCAUACCGGUCGAAAAUCAUCAACCAUACCGCCGGCUGUCACAUCAAAGUGGUCGUUUUCGAUGAAGAAUUUGUCAAUUCGAAAGUGGUCGAAGUUGAUGUAGAUGAUGCGAAUCGUACCAUCGAAGCCAUGAAUGUCGACUUUGAUGAGUUGAAGAAAGAGAUUGGCGAACCUGAAGACGAACUGAUCCUGGAGAGCUCACAGAUGUUCAUUCAGAAGAUUCAAGUUAUGAUCGAUGCCUUCAACAAGGUCCUACCGGUUAUUAAUGCCUUGAGGAGUAGGGGCAUCAAGGCCAGGCAUUGGCAUAAGGUAAGGGAGGGGUUUUUGUUUUGAUGCGAAAAGAAUGGCGCUUUUUUGAGAUGGUGAAAAAAAUUUAUGUUGAUUAGGCUUAGGUUUAAGGCUUAGAACUAGUAAGUUUAGGCUGUGGUUUAAUUAUGCUUAUAGGCUUUAGGCUUAAGGUAUUUAGGCUUAGGUAUAGAGGAUUAGGUUUUUUAGGUUUUUUUAGGCUUAGGAUUUUAGGUUUGGGUUUUUAGGCUUAAGCUUUUAAGCUUAGGCUUAGUCUUAGUUUUUUAGUCUUGGGAUUUUAGGCUUAAUAUUAGUCUUUUAGGCUUAGUAUCUAGCUUCAGGCUUAGGCUUAAUUUUUUAGAUUUAGGUUUUUAGGCUUAGUAUUAGGCUUUUUGGCUUAGUUUUUUAGGCUUAGGAUUUUAGGCUUAAACUUUUCGAUUUUGGAUUAGUAGCUUUAGACUGUGUAGACUUAAUUUUGGUAGACUUAGGCUUAGUAUUCUUUGGCUUACUUGAUGCAAAAAGAACGAUACUUCUUUCAGAUCCUAGGCGACCGAGAAGGCACCCAACCAGAUCACGAGAACAUGACGGUAAAAGAAUUGACGAAAAUCGAUUUUCAAGAAAAAGAUGCCAAAAAAUGCGAGGAAAUCAGCGAAUUGGCCAGCAAAGAGUUGGUCCUGGAAGAAAGUUUGGCACAAAUGAAGGUUCAGCUAGCUGAAGUUACUCUUACACACAACAAGAAUCAUCUUACGGUAAGUGAAGAAAGCUUUUUUAUAAUUUUAAAGGUGUUUUUGGGUUAAAAAAAAUGAAUUUUUAGUUGAAAAAAAUGAUUUUUUGGUCGAAAAAUUGAUUUUUUUGUAUUGCACAGUGCAAGAUUUUUGAAAUUUCAUGAAAUUAAAAAUAGGCUUAAACUUGAGAUUUUAUUUGAUAACAGGAUUUAGAAAUCCUUGUUUAUCACCAUUAAUUUCAAUUUUUUUAAAUUUUACUAUUACAAUGGUCAUUUAUGACAUUUUUUAAUUUUUGCACUGUGCAAUCUUAUUUGGAUUGCACGGUGCAAGCCUUUCGAAAUAUCAUAAAAUGAAAAAUAGGUCUAAAUUGCAAGAUUUUAUUUGACAAAACGAUUUAAACAUGCUUGUUACUUAAACUGGAUUUUAUUUUUUAAAAUUUGUUUACUGAAGUUCUCAUUUUUGGCAUUAUUUAAUUUUUGCACAGUGCAAACUUUAAAAAUUUUGUUUUAACAAAACUAGGCUUAAAAUAUAAAAAAUUAUUGGGUAACACUAUUAAAAUAGGUGCUUUUAUUUUUGAAUUCACAAAUUUUGAUUAUUAUCUUGUAGUAACAAGGAUUUACUAUUGUUUUAUUUUUUUGCACCGUGCAAUGAUUUAUUGUUUGCACGGUGCAGUAUCAAAAUUUUGGUUUUAAAGCCCGAGGGCUUUGAAAAUAAAAUUAUGGUGUUAUACCAAUAGCAAAAAUAGUAUUGUAACUUAUUUUACGUAUUUAUGUCAAUGCCAAAUUGGCGGGAAAUUUCAAAAUUUGAAUUUAAAAAAUUUUUUUAAAUUUUUUGGAAUUUUUCCAAAAUUUUAAAUCUGUUUAACUAUUAAAACCAAAAUUCAGGGAGUGUAUGAAAUGCAAAUCACCCCAGAAACCGUCUCACUGGUGGAAGAGUUGAUCAUCAAGACCCAGAUGAAUAUCUCAUCUCCAUUUGUCACCUCACUGCUGCCAUUACUAAAGGAAUGGCUGGAGAAGCUGCAACGUCUUCAGAAUAUGAUGGAUUUGCAUCAGAAGUGCAUGAGCAAGUGGAUUUACUUGGAGCCAUUGUUCGCGGCUGAAGAUAUCGCUUAUCAAAUGCCUGAGGAAUGGCGAAAAUUCCAGGAAAUUCGCGACCGCUGGCGGUUUUUGACUGAAAAAUUGGUAGGAACUAUGUUUACAGUUAUUGAAAUGGAAAAAAAAUUGUGAAUAUGAUAGAAAAUGGCAAGAACUUUCUUUACAAAACAUGAAAUGACAAGAAAUUUGUUUACAAAUCUUGAAAAAUUAAAAUUUCAGAGUCACAUAACAAAACUCGUCGAUUUGAGUGAAAUCAACUGCCCGGCCGAAAUUACGGAGCUUUUAGACAUGUUCAAAGUGAUUCAGAAAGGAUUCGAUGUGUAUUUACAAAAGAGGAAGUUCAAUUAUCCAAGGUAAAAUACGUGUUGUGCUCUUGAAAAAGCGUGUUAAUAGGUCGAGAAUUAGUAGACUGAGGUUUAGUAGGCUUAGGAUUAGUAGGCUUAGAGUUAGUGGACUUAGGCUUAGUAGGCUUAGGCUGACUAGGCUUAGGCUUUGUAGGCUUAGGCUAAGUAGGCUUAGUCUUAGUAGGCUUGGGCUUACUACGCUUAGACUUAGUAGGCUUACUCUUAGUAAGCUUAGGAUUAGUAGUCAUAUUCUUAGUAUGCUUAAGAUUAGUAGGCUUAGGCUUAGUGCAUAAAUGUUUAUUAGGUUUAGAUUUUGGAGCCUUAGGCUUAGGUUUAGUUAGCUUAGAUUUUCUAAGCUGUCACGCAUAGUACGAGUAUUCUCAGGCUUAGAAAAUUAACCGCAAAGGGCUUAUUUUUCGUUGCUUUACUAAUUUUAGGCUUAAAUUUAUUGUAAAAUCGAUUUCAAUUAAUAGUCUGCAAUUUUAGGCUCUACUUCCUUUCAAAUAAUGAACUGUUGGAAAUGCUGAGCCGAGCCAGGAAUCCAGAGAAAGUGGAGCCCUACCUCUUCAAGAUGUUCUCUUCCGUUUAUGGCCUCGAGGUUCGAAAUCAAUGCGAAAUCAUCGCCGUCCUCAGUCAGCACGGCGAACGCUUAAAACUGGCCAAAUCCAUCAAUAUCCACCACUUCAAACGGCACGCCGACAAAUGGCUAGCCGAGCUGGAGCGCGAAAUCCGAAGCUCAGUCAAGGCCAAGCUGAAGAAUGUCAUGAGGUUGUGUGGCCAAGACCUGCCUAGUAUAUACGAUUUGAGUGGGGAUUUCACAGCGCAAAGCGUCCUACUGCACUGUAGAGUGGUAUAUACGAAGAAGAUUGAGGAUGCGAUUGUUAGUGGGAAGUUGGUCGAAUUGGGCACGUACUUUGAUGGCUAUAUCACGAAAUUGCUAAAGAACAAGGAUUCACAGGUGAGAUGAAAUUUUUUUAGAUAAUAGGCAGGUGCGUAGCUAAGGGGGUGAGGUGUGGGAAUGGGUUAAUGGGGUGGAUCUACUUUUCCUUCCUAUUCAGGGUUAUGUUAGGGUGUAGAAAAAGUUUUGUCGUUUUUGAACAAUCUUGAAUGUGCAAUUUGGCGACAAGCCUUUCUGUUUUCAUUUGGUUUACUGUAAGGUAAAUUUUUAUUGUUUUUUGGGUUACCCUUUAUCUCUGCCGUUACCCUGCCUUAGAAAUCUCCCUUGCUAUAAAAAUCUACCUUACAUUUAACAUCUAUCCCGCUCUGAACAUCUACCUGGCUUUAGAAAUCUACCCUGUCGUGAAAAUCUAUAGUACUCUGAAAAUUUACCCUGCCAUAAAAAUCUAUACUGCUCUGUAGAUCUACCCUGCCCGGAAAAUCUAUACAUCUUUGAAAACACUCUGCUCUGAAGAUCUACCGUGCUUGCAAAUGUAUCGUUUCUUAUAAAUCUUUAUUGCCUUGAAUAUCUACCCUACCCUGGAGAUCUAUCCUGCCUUGAAAAUCUUUCUUUCGCUGAAAAUAUACCUAAACUCUACCCUGUCCUGAAAAUCUGUACUUAUUUGAAAAUCUACCGUGCUUUGAAAAGCUAGCUUGCUUUGGAAAUAUACCUUGCUUUAAAUGUCUACCCUCUCUUGAAAGACAACAUUGUCUUGAAAAUGUACCCUGCUCUACAAAUCGGCCUUGUCGUGAAAAUCUACCCUACCUCAAAAAUCUACUCUGCAUCAAAAAUUUAUGCUGCUUUGAGAAUCCACACUGCUGUGAAACUCUACUUUGUUCUGUAAACUUACUCUGCCUUGAAAUCCGCCUAGUUUUAAAAAUCUACUCAAUCCCUUUUUUCUUUAUCCCUCAAAAAUCUAUCCUGCUUUUAAUAUCUAGAUUACUGUAGCAUUAUGGACAACAUUUUUCAGACAAAAAAAGAGUCAAGAAAUGGUACUCCAAGCCAAACCAACUCAAACCCAACUCAAAAGUCAAUAAUCUUCACAGCCGAGCAACAAGAACAACUUUUAAUUGACAAUUUAUUAAUCGAAUACAACGAACAAAAACGAAUUAUCGACCGGUUGAUCAAAACAAACUGCAAAUCAGUCCACAAUUUCGAGUGGACUAGCCAAAUUCGGCAUUAUUUCAUCAAUGAAGAGCUGUAUGUUAGAGUAUACAACCUGAACAUACUGUAUGGCUACGAGUAUAUUGCUAUUGGGACUCCAUUUGUCAUGACACCAAUCAUCCAGAAGGUGCAUCGAGAGCUAAUGACAUUUCAAACACAAGGUUACGCUGGAAUGUUGAAGGGACCGGCUGCGACGGGCAAAAGUGAAAGUAUCAAGGAGCUGGCCAAGAUUUUAGGUAGGGAAGGGCAGGGUGGAAGUAGAAUUUUGUAGGAUAGGGUAGGGCCUAUGUAUGAAAGGGUAUGGUAAGGUAGGACGUUUAUAAAUGAAAGUACGUGAAGGUACUUUAGUCUUAGCACGAUAGGGCAGUGGUGAAGUUGAGCUACAGUAUGACUACCGUAAGCCUAGGGAACUGGAUGAUAGGACAGUAGGGUAGGGUAGGUUACGGUAGAGUAGGGUAGGGUAGAGUAGGGUAGGGUAGAGUAGGGUAGGGUAGGGUAGGGUAGGGUAGGGUAGGGUAGGGUAGGGUAGGGUAGGGUAGGGUAGGGUAGGGUAGGGUAGAGUAGGGUAGGGUAGAGUAGGGUAGGGUAGGGUAGGGUAGAGUAGGGUAGGAUAAGGUAGGGUAGGGUAGGGUAGGGUAGGGUAAGAUAGGAUACUGUACGUUUAUUGGUCAUUUUAGGUAAAUUCAACUUGGUAUUUAACUGUUCCCCAAAUGUUGACCGGCACCAGUUGGAAGAUUUGAUGUGUGGCACUAUCUUGGCUGGUACCACCUUAUGUUUGGACGAGUUUAACCGCCUGUCCGAAAAGGACAUGGCAUGGUUUUCUUCUCAUAUGUUGGGGAUUUAUCAGGCUAUGAGUACUAGUAAGUUUAAUAUGAAAAAUGGCAAGAACUUUUUUUACAAAACAAAAAUGGCAAGAACUUCCUUUACAAAACUUAAAAUGGCAAGAACUUUCUUUUAGGAAACGCCAAGUAUCGUAUCCGCAACCUCCAACUACCAGUAUGUCCAACGGCAGCGUUUUACCUCACAAUCAACCCCAAGUUCAUGGCUCGUUCUAAUUUACCGGCCAAUAUCUACUCUAUCGUACGUGGAAUCUCAAUGAACAUUGCUGAUAUACGAUCGAUUGCUAACGCUUUUCUACUGUUGGCAGGUGGGUGAAAAUGGAAGGAAUUUUGUUUACAGAAUAAAAAAUGGCAAGAACUUUGUUUACAAAUAAAAAAUGGCAAGAACUGUCUUUACAAAUCAAAAAAACUGCAGAAACUUUCUUUACAAAGCAUAAAAUGGCAAGAACUUUCUUUACAUUCGUAUUUUAGGCUUCCAAAACGCGGAAAAAGAAACCAAUUUGCUGUGCAACGUCUUCGAACAAUGCCAAACCCUAUUAGCACCGAUGCACCAUUACGAUUUUCAACUUCGAACCGCCCUUGCCACCAUCAAUGAGACCCUACAGCUGAUGCAACAGCAAAAAACUUCAUUAUUGAACACAAAAGUUGAUGUUGAAGUAGUUGGUCGAGCCUUGCGGAACGUCCUAACACCAUAUAUUGUCAAUUCAGAUACCACAUCGUUUGAGAAGAUCAUGAGCACAGCUUUUCAAGGUCAAGUCAGUGAGAAUAGUGAUCAGAUCAAGACGAAGAAUGUGAUCAGAGAAGCCAUAGAACAAAUGGGAUUGGUGGCUACGGAAAAGUUUGUGGAAUGUUGUUACAGUGUAGGUUUAAUGUUGCCAUUUUUUGUUUUGUAAAGAAAGUUUUUGCAAUUUUUUGUCUUUUAAAGAAAGUUUUUGCCAUUUUGAGUUUUGUAAAGAAAGUCUUUGCCCUUUUUUGAUUUGUAAAUGAAAGUUUUUGCUAUUUUUUGAUUUGUAAAGAAAGUUCUUGCCAUUUUUUGUUUUGUAAAAAAAAUUCUUGCUACUUGACUGUAAAUCGUCUUUAUUCUUAUUUGCACGGUGCAAUAAUUUUAUUCUUCUUGCACUGUGCAGUCGAUAUUACUUCGUUUGCACUGUGCAAGCUUUUUAUUUUUGCACGGUGCACGUCAAGAAAAAACGAUUUUGCUUUUGCGUCUUGAACAGAUUUUUGGCGUUUCUCAAAUAGCGGAAAAAUAGUUUUUCUUCAGCUUUUCUUUUUCGAAAAUGCCUUUCGGGUUUAUUAUUAAUGUAGUUUCGAGGCUUUGUAAGGAUAAAGAAGAUAAAAAAUGCAACAAUUAAGCAUCCAUAUUAAAUAAAAAAGUAGAGAAAAUAAUUUUCAAAGGAAAAUCUCGCCAAAAAAUUAAAGAAAAAUUUCUGCAUGGAUAAUAUGACACUGAUAUCUCUUGAUAACUCAAGUUCUACUCCAUAGAAUCAGACGAGUUUAGUAUCAAAUUAUUCCUUAUUUCCUCCUUAAUCCAACUGUUGCUACCGCUAUAGCUGCUCAUGUGCUCAUUGCAAAGUUAUGACGUAUUUUCGAGUUUGGAAAAGCGUAUUUUUAAUAUGUAUACCAAAUUUUUAUUAAGCGCUCAAACACAAAGAGAUUUUUUAAAUUAGGGAACUGAAGUGUUGCUUUUUAAUUGUUAUUAAACACUUUUGUGAUAUCUGUAAUUUAACACGUCGAAAAAACAUCGCGAAGUUAACAUACUAUUAGUUUCUCCUUGUUGCGGAAUGCCAAGCGAUUUUCUCUGGAUAAUUGUUUUUCUUUUAUUUUUUCUUGACGUGCGGUGCAAUCUCUUUUUGACUUGUUUUGCACAGUGCAGUUUUCCUUUUAGAAAUAGAAGGGAUUGCUGGUACUUAUUAAUGAAAAUUAACGAAAAAAUGAAAAUAAUUUUGAAAAUCCUAAUAUAUUUUUAGCUCCUCCACCUAUCCCGUCAACGCCAGGCCUUUAUCCUUCUCGGCCCAACAAUGAGUGGCAAGUCAUCAGCCCUAAAGGUCCUCCGCCGUGUACUAAAGCCAACACAAAAUUUGAAUUGCAAAAUGUUUCGAAUGAAUCCAUCUCAAAAUGACAGCAACUUCCUCUACGGUCAUUACGACUCGAAUCGAUUCGAUUGGAUCAGUGGGAUAUUAACCAUGAAGUUGGAGACGUACUUGGAUAAAGACGAGGAGGGAUGGCUGGUACUGGAUGGAGUGUUGGACUCAGUAUGGGUGGAAUCAUUGAACUCUUUGUUUGACAGUAAUCAGAAGGUGAGGAAUUUCAAAAUUUUUUUCAAUUUUUUGGAUUUUGGCAAGAACUUUCAUUAAAAAAAUGGAGCGAACUGAAAGUUCCUUUACAAAUCAAUAAAUGGCAAGAACUUUGUUUACAAAACAAGAAAUGGCAAGAACAUUCUUUAUAAAACACAAAAUCGCAAGAAAGUUCUUUACAAAACAGCGUUUUUAAAGGCGGAUUUUUGUUGCACGGUGCAGUGAAAAAUAAUGAUUGCGCGGUGCAAAAUUUUUGCUUUUUAAAAACCAAAUUUAAAAAUUUUUUGAAAAUUAAAAAUUUGGUUUAAGUACAUGUAAGUGACGCAUUUUAACACAUUUUUGUCAAAAAUUUUUGAAAAUCUUUAUUUUUUAAACUACUUUUUUCCGUUUUAAAAGGCUGCACGGUGCAGUGAAAAAUAGUGGUUGCACAGUGCAAAAAGUUAUUUUUUAAUUCGUUUAACUGCAUAAUGCCAAAGCAUUUAAAAUGGGGUGUAACAUAGAAAAAAAAGUUUUUUAAAGCACAAAAAAUGGCAAAAACUUUGUUUACAAAACAAAAAUGGCAAGAAUUUUCUUUACAAAACUAAAAAUGGCAGAAACUUUUUUCACACAAUCAAAAAUGGCAAGAAUUUUCUUUACAAAAUAAAAAUUUCAAAUUAAAAAAAAUUUUUAAUUUCUAAAAAAAUUUCAGUUAUGCUUAGCAAAUGGUGAAAACGUACCCUUGAACCCAUCAAUUCGUGUCGUCUUCGAAUGUGACACAUUGGACAAAGUAGCUCCAAGCACAGUAAGCCGAUGCCAAGUGAUCUACUUUGAUGAAGAAACAGUACCACUAGAAGCGAUGACCUCUUUAUUACCUACAUCAAUAUCCAAAUACAUUUCCGAAGCCGCACCACAUUUGAGUAUACUAAGGAAGGUUAAUCGAAAGUUUUUCUUCGAAAGAAUUAGCCACUUGGCCAAGUUGUACGCCAAAAAUGGAGAGUUGCAAAAGUUGUGGCAAUUUUUCGCAUUUGUCGCAGCAAGAACAAUCAAAGAGGAGGAGCAUGUAGACAAAUGGAUGCAGGGGGGUGGGUUUUUGCUUGAUUUUUUUUUCAAAAAAAAUUUUUUGAAAGCAUUGAUUUUCAUUAAUUUUUUUGUAAUUUUUUGCAUGGUGCAGUCAGGUUUUCAACUUGCUUUGCACUGUGCAAUCAGUUUUACUUUGUUUUGCACGAUGCUAAAAAACAUUUAGUUUUAAGUCAAAAUUUACUGUGCACUGUGCAAUCAGCUUUAUAGUUGUUGCACGGUGCAGACAGGUUUUUACGUUUGCACAAUGCCGUCAAGUUUUAAUUUGCUUCGCACUGUGCAAUCAGUUUUUAUUUUUUGCACGGUGCUGAAAAGUUUUAUUUGCACAGUGCAGCCAAGGUUAAUUAG